CUUUCUUCGUCCUAAUAGCGAGAGAAGCACGAGCUUGUGUGAGUGAAGAUGUCCGGAGGAAUUGCUCGUGGUCGCCUCGCCGGAGAGCGCAAGUCCUGGCGCAAGAACCACCCCCAUGGUUUUGUGGCGAAGCCUGAAACUCUACCUGAUGGUUCCGUUAAUCUUAUGACCUGGCACUGCACCAUUCCCGGCAAGCAAGGGACGGAUUGGGAAGGUGGCUAUUUCCCGCUUACUGUUAUGUUCAGUGAGGACUACCCAAGCAAACCUCCCAAAUGCAAGUUUCCUACUGGUUUUUUCCAUCCUAAUGUCUACCCUUCUGGAACUGUGUGCCUAUCAAUUCUAAAUGAAGAAGACUAUGGAUGGAGACCGGAGACCACUGUGAAACAGAUUUUAGUGGGGAUACAAGAUCUGCUUGGUCAGCCAAACCCUACUGACCCUGCCCAGAUAGACGGUUAUCAUCUAUUCAUCCAGGAUCCAACUGAGUAUAAGAAGAGGGUUCGUCAGCAAGCUAAACAGUAUCCAGCGCUGAUCUAACGCUAGCCUUGUGAUUGUACUUGCGAUUUCUGUUAGUCAUCAAACUCUCUGGAUGUGGUUGGAUAAGAAAGUGCGAGUUCUUAUUUUGGUUGGAUAAUACGAUAACACCACAGUCUGGCAAGUGUGACCUGCAUGGUUGUUUUGGUUGUAUCUAUACCUGCAUAGUGUUUAUUAAUCUCUUACAUUAUGAAGGUGGAUACGGCAACAAAGACAAAGUAGUUAACGAUUUAUCUUUCAUAUUGAUUUAAUAUAUCUAUGUAAUAUUUUUAGUAACUUUUUUUACCUCUUAUGAAAAGAUUGACGUGUAGAUUGUUUGUUAAUUUGGACGAUUAGUAGUAAAAGAUCUACUUAUAAAAGA